CCAGUACUGAGUGUAACUGACAGACAUGAGAGUCAGAAUCGAUAGCAUCAACUUGAUUAUUUUCAGUCUAUGACUUGCUCGAUAGCAAGGAUGUAACCGUACAGAAAUGCCAGGAUCUCUCUCUAUUCGUAUAAGUCCUUCUCUGGCUUGUUUAGCGCAAUGUAAGCACGAAGCUACUAGCUUUGCGCUCUAAACCCUUGGGGUUAAGUAGUUAAUCCAUGCUCAUGUUGCAACGGAUUCCGCGCAUCUUUGCGACUCUGCGUCAGCUCCGCCAACCCGCUUUGGUCGACAGCCCGCGACUUAUUAUAUGUCGAUCGACUCUGCUCGCGAUGUCUGGGUUCCCAACUCAAUUUUGUCAGCAAUUCAAAUCCGCCAUGUCUUCGUGUGCAGCAGCAGAAACCGCCGACACUGGCGGGCAGCAGGGUCAAGCAUCAGAUUUGGACACAGCAGCGCCGGCGACGACAGAAAUCAAGACGGAAAAAGCAACGUCAGUCGAACCCAAGUUUCUGCCACUGUCGGCGGCCGAUUUCAGGGCAUAUAACCGUAUGGCCGAGCACAUGGACAUGUACCAUAACCACUUCCGGUCGCAGUGGAACCUCCUUUGGAACGCCUGCACCUCCCACAAGCGGCCCUCCAACAUGUCCCUCAAAUCCUUCAUCGAUGAAGGGCUGCAGUUUAUCCACCACCUCACCUUGCAUCACGAUAUUGAGGAAACGUAUAUCUUCCCUGUGCUCGCCAAGAAGAUGCCUGAGUUCAAGAGCGGCAAGGGGAACGGCGCCGCCGAGCUGCUGAGGCAACAUAAGGAAAUACACAAGGGCCUCGAUAUGCUGGGCACUUAUCUGCGGGCCUGCAAGACGGGCGAGACCGAGUUCGCAUUGGCCGUCUUGAAGACCAAGUUGGACAGCUGGGGCAAAGUGCUGUGGACACACUUGGACCAGGAGGUUAAGUCAUUGGGCGCCGAGAAUAUGAGGAAAUACUGGACGAAAGAGGAAAUCCGGGCAAUGCCUAUGUGAUUUCGGACUUCAGACAAUGGUAUACUGCCCGGCGUCAUUGUGCUACCAGGAAGGAUUGGGUAAGGCAAGCAUUGACGCAUUUGAUUUGGGGUGACCUGGGCUGUUAUGGUAGAAACAUGACAUAUCAACGGUGGAAUAUGGCCAAAAUCUCGUUGAUCAGUUUGAUCAUGUUCAGUAGUGUGUGUGCCGUGCAUGUCAUCUUGUACUGCCCCUAACCUUGGCAUGGUUUCUUUUAUCACCUGCAAUUGAAUGGUCCAGGAGGCCUUGUCCAAAACCUCCUGUAACAAACUAUCAUUUGUACCAAAUGACUAGUCCUAAAACACUACCGUAGCCUUUUCAUCUCGCCAUGUUUGCCUUUGAAUCGCUUAAAAACAUUAACAUGCAUCCAGCUAGUUUGCUGCAGC